UAGACACAACUGCGCAUUCGUGGCUCACGGCUCAAGGGUUCUUAAUCCCUUCUUUCUCGCUGACUCGACCCUUUUUGGGGUUUUUUCUUGACAUUGCAUUCUUCGUUCUGAUUUCCUCAGCGUGUUCACACCAUCAUCAUCAUGGCAGCGGCACCUUCCGAGGCUGGGCCCGACAAGCAUCCUCUGCAGGAUGAGUGGACCCUCUGGCACGAUGAUACCUCCAAGGUCCGCGAUGGCGAUUGGAAGAGCAACAUCAAGAAGGUGUGCACCGUCAACUCGGUUGAGGAGUUCUGGCGCCUGUUCAACAACAUCAAGAGCUUUGAAACCUUGGUCAAGGGCUCCAACUACCAUCUUUUCAAGAAAAACAUUGAGCCUUCCUGGGAAGACAAGGCCAACGCCAAUGGUGGCGCAUUCAACAUGCAAUGCGAGGGCGAGCGCUUUCGCCCUCACGAUCUGUGGCUGAGGACGAUGCUGUCUGUCAUUGGUAACCAGUAUGGCGAGGACGGCAAGUACAUUUGCGGCGUUUCGGCCAAGGCCAAGAGGCGUGGAGAGCGCCUCGAAAUGUGGCUCAACCACUGUGAUAUGGAUGAUGAGAUUGCCAAGCGCAUUGGCAAGCGAUGGAAGGAAUUGGUCGAGUCGACUCAGAUGAUACAGUUCAAGAAACACAACGAUGCGCUCGCUGCGCCGGGUACGAGCUACUCGAUCAAGAACGCCUUUGCGGUCUAAGGCCGUACUUAGUAGCUGCAGGCAUGCAGGAGCCAGAUCAGAGAUUUGGUGCUUGGCACACGUUCAAAGCGGACCGGUGCUGACCAGGUUAAGCUCGACCACAAAACUCCUGUUUUCCCGAUUCCUGAGUGACUGGGGUGAGCGGAGCUCUGUUGGUUGCGAUGUGCAUUCCCGCCGGGUCGCUGGGGCUGAGCGGAAUGUGUUUCCUUGCCGUGAGAAGAAAACUUCGAGAUGUUUAGUGUCUUUGUCCUUUUCUCUGUCUCCUUCUUUGCACAGACCCAGACUUGGUUCUUUUGGCAGUGCCCAUGUGCGUGAAUGUUUUUUUUGAGGGAUUCCAAGUCAUCGCGCU